CCUUGUCCGAGACUCGAGACGAUAACUGCAAUCACUAAAGUGUCAAAAUGAUGCUGGCUGCCAACAUGUUUGCUUUUUUACACAAUUAACUUUGACAUAGCCAGGUUCGCACGCUGAUGUUCCGAUGGCUACUUUCUGGUCCCUGCAUUUGAUUUUUUCCUAACCCAGACAAAGGAUUUCAUUGAGCUUUCACCGUGUUUUUGCAAGUCACGCACAAGUUUUGGCAGAGGAAGACUCCUACCUAAAAGAAAUCUCACGAGGCCCGUACCUUUGGAUGAAACUUCUUUGUAACUGGCUGAAAUGCCUUGACCUUAACGGCAACAUAUAAUGGCAGGACUAGUCUCCGUUGUGGGUUUGGUGGUGAUGGUGGUCAAGACCUCCAUGGACACCCACGGCCCUGGAACAGUGAUUCUUGGGAUGACCCUGUUGAUAAACAUGAUAGCAGCGGACUCACCUGUAGCAGAUGAGUCUCUAUCAGUUUCUACACACAACGCCAACGGAUUUCUUGGAGAUGUUUCGAGUCCAACAAGGCCAUCGCUAUCACCCUCGCCACCCUUUCUUACUCCAGUCACAGGGAAGGAAAAGUCUCCUGGCACUCAACAACUAAUUUCUCAACCCCACCAUGAAUCCUUCACUCUAAGUGAUUUCAAGGCAAAAGAAUUACAGCCUCUUUAUACUCCAUCAUUGCAUCCAUCUCAACUUGUUUUGGGAUCCUUUUCACAAUUAGAGGAAUCUAAAGUUUCAAGAGACUGGAAGGUGGCCUGGAUAAAUUCUGCCAAACAAACUCUUUUGCAAACUCAGUUAAUUUCUUCAAUGUCUCCCGCUUUUGAAAAGUCAACAGUAACACAGCUUAGUUUUACAAAAGAAGAAAUCAGUGAUCGAAAAAAAACACAUACAGCAACGACCUCACUACCUGGUGAACAAAGUGGCACACUAGAUUUUAGGAACACUUCAUCAGAUGAAUCUUAUAUUCUAGAUCAUGUCUUAAGACACCCUACAAAGGGUCCAAGUACAAUAAAGCAUGAAAACUAUCCACGCACAAGUGGUUCCCCAAUCCCAGAAAAUAAACCAAAGAACAUUCUUCCCAAACCAUAUGAGAUUUCAUCCCCAAGUGACCAUCUGCCUUUCAUGGACUCUCAAUUUAUUUCCCCAUCAUCUGAACCAACAGAAGAAGUUCCACCAGAUGACUUCUACCCCACCAAUAGCAUGGACUUCGACUGGGGGAGUGGAGAUUAUAUGGAGACGAUAGCAUUCAGUCCCGAAGAAGCGGACUACUCUCUGGCCACCAAGGUUCUCGAUACGUACGAUCAAGAGGACAAUAGAGAACAUUACAACACAGCCUUUCCGUCCAGGGUGGGAACAUCCCUCUCGUCCUUGCAUCAUCUUCCUAUCUUGCCGUCUUCAAGCCCAAUGACAAUGUAUUCAACCCACUUACUUCGAACAUCAAUGGAUGCCUCUUAUCCUUCUCCAUUUCACUUCGCUGUAGAUCACACACAAGAGGUUACUGCCACAAUUAGCAGUGAGACAUUAGAAGCAUCAGAUGUCAUAGAUUGGCCAGAUACUUACAGUAUUCAACCGACCGAUGUGCUAUUACCUGACAUGAACAGCUUGGAAUAUUACACCACACAGCUGACUAAGGAGAAGUCUGCUUCCAAGAGUAAAGCUGAACAAAGAGGGAACAUCACUGUGCUGCCCAUCAGUCCUUCAGACAUCACGCCCAGCAGCAGCAUUACCACUGAUGUAAAAUUAAUAGAGGAUGACUCCUACAGUGGUUUGUCAGAAUUUGAACCUCAUGGUGAGACAUCUGACAUAAGAACAGAGAUUUCCAAUAGCUCAAAGCUUGAUGGUCCAUCCUCCUUCUGGGCAACACACAUGUCAACUGCAGAUUGGUCUGCAGGUACUCAUACAGUUGGCCUGCACAGCUCUGUUGUUCUACUACCCAGUCCUACAGAAGUUUUGCCAGAUGAUGUAAUGUCUUCCUUCUCUCUCACUGAUGUCCAGUGGUUUGUCACAGAGGUCUUCCCACUAAGUACUACCCUGCACCCUACUUCAGUCUUCACUGCAACAAUAGCGUUUUCCUCUGGACCUGCUGAGGAUCCUUCAACUGAAAAAGCAUUCAACAUUACCUCAGUUUCAUCCAAUGAGUCCUUAACCUCUCCUGUGAUGUUGGGUGAUCAGGGAGUGACUAAAGAUGAAUUUGUCAAUCCAGCCACAAUGACCUUGAUUCCAACCAACAGUGAAGCUAAUACCUUCUCACCCAUAGCCGCAUCUCCAAAUGCCAACACAAGUUCUCACCGAACUGACAACGUUACCCCUGUCAUGGGUAGUGAGUGGCAGAUUACAACUCAGACAUCCAGACAGUACCUCUGCAAUAUUGAGAAGCCCGAGUAUUUAAUCACUAUAGGUUUGCCAUCUGGGACCAAAGUUGAAGAUGCCAAAUUUCAAGUUGAAGAGAUUCUGAAGCGGGAAUUCAACAAUUCGUUUGAGUUACAGGUUAUCGAGCCACCACCAAAGUUUGUAUUUCGGGUCAUGUCCGAUCCAGUUGUGUACACAGCCAUAUCUGUCAUCAACGCCUUACAAAGGUCAGGACGCCACUUCCUGUAUGUGUCGCCUCACUGGAUGACACAAGACAAUAAAUAUCAAGUACACACAGUGCUUCAGUUUGUUCCAGGUCACAUUGAUGUACGAUUUUGCGACUUCAGUGAGCGCAUUGAGCAAGGUUUGACCAUGGCCUUUGCAGAAGUGUGUCAGCGCUCCAAGGCAUCAACCAAUUUCACAGUGCAUAUAAUGAAUAUUACCAUGGCUGUUCCUAAAAAUCUGGAACUGGGGAGGUACCCAGUAGACAUCACCUUCACUGUGCAGAGCCCCCAGGGUUAUCUAAUGGGAUCGGAGGUCAGCAUUGCUCUAAUGAAGCUCACCAAGGUGGAAUUCAGCUAUUACAUGGGCUUCCCUGUCUUGCAGAUCGCAGAGCCCUUUCAUUAUCCAAAGUUAAACACGAGCCAGUCCCUUCGCUCCUCCUGGGUGAGAACAGUUCUCUUGGGGGUGCCGGAGAGUGACGUGGGCCAGAGGACCUUUCAAGCCAACAUCGAGCGUAGGGUGGCCAUGCUACUUGGGGAAGCCAUGGGACUAGUCAGACGUGUCAAGAGAGCCACCGACGUUGGCAAUAGCAGCGUUCAGGUUGUGAGCAUGAACCGGCCUGUAGGUGCGGACCAUCCCUUGGAAGUUGUGUAUUUUGUGGAGCGCCCCGAUGGCCAGAGGGUUCCUGCUGUUGAAAUGGCCAACAUUCUCAACAGCUUGGACGUCCAAAAAGCGGCUAUCAUCUUGGGGUAUCGUGUUGAGGGCAUUUUGGCACAACCUGUGGAGAAGAUGCCGUCAUCACCUUCUGACACUGAGAACCCCAACAUGUGGAUCAUCAUCGGAGUGGUGAUUCCUCUCUUGCUGGUCAUGAUCAUCAUUGCCAUACUCUACUGGAAAUUGUGUCGGAUAGACAAGCUGGAGUUCCAACCAGAUGCCAUGGCAUCCAUCCAGCAGAGACAGAAGUUACAGGCCCCCAGUGUGAAAGGCUUUGACUUUGCUAAACUGCAUCUUGGCCAGCACAACAAAGAUGAUGUUAUGGUGGUCCAGGAAUCUGUCCCAGCAGGGCCUCUGCCCAUUUCAGAUAAGGAAGGCCCUAGUCCUUCCCAGAAUGGGGAUGUCCCUACCCCCAUAUCCAAAAAGUCUGCUUCCUCAACCAGAGCGUCCCGCAGCUUUCGAAGACGAGAGAGGAUCUCACCAUCAGACGGUGAUUCCGUGGUGAGUGACCGCUCCAGUGGGCGCGAGUCAACUGAGGAGAACCUGAGAGCCCAGGCCACACCCAGUGACAGCAAGCAGACACGCAAAAAUAAAAUUGGUCCUCCUCCUACAAAUGGCCUCAAUGAACAGACGUCAUCUGCCUCCAUAUUUGAACAUGUUGACCGAAUGUCGCGGGCCACAGAUGUAAGCCGAAGACUACCCAACAAAGUGCAGCUUAUUGCGAUGCAACCUAUGACGCUCCCACCCCUCAACAGCCACACUGGCAAAUUGCCUGAGACUAACAAAAUAAACAAGGAGAUCCAAGUAGCAAUGAGGCAGAAAUCAGAGAUUGAGCAUCAUCGAAACAAGAUCCGCCUGCGUGCCAAGAGGAAGGGUCACUAUGAUUUUCCUGCAAUGGAUGACAUAGACCUUGCGGACACCAAAGACCAGGAUCACAUUUACCAUAAAACACAGAGGCAGAUGGAUAAGAUCCUGGAUCAAAAUGCACAGAUUUCCUCCAUCUUCAAAGAACCGCAAAAAGGUGCUCGAGGGAGGCGUUCUCCAAAGCAGAGGAUGAAGGAGCAGGCAAAUGGAGGAUUGACAGAUGCAGACAAGGAUCACCUCAUCACUGAAGACACUGAAGCUGUUUAUCGGAAAUAUCCUGGGGUGAACAACGUGGCUUAUGUCUCGGACCCUGACCAAGCCCCGGGGUUGACCCACAGAAGCCCAUCCCCCACAGAUGAAGUUUUUGUAGAUCCCACUUCCUCACCUCCUGGACAUGCCCCUCCACCACCACCCUACAUGCCUCCACAGCCCUCCAUUGAAGAGGCGCGUCAGCAGAUGCAUUCGCUGCUGGAUGACGCCUUUGCCCUGGUGUCACCCACUUCCCAGGGCAGUUCGGCAGGGGUGACUCUUCCAGGGGUCAAUGACAAUACUUCUGAUUCCAGUUCUCCAGGCCGUGGCGCCCGACCUUGGGGCACCUCCCAUCAACCUCUUGGCCCUUCUUACACUGGUAAAUUCAGCGACCUGAGUGUGUCUCCUCCUCUGGUUCAAGGCUUAAUACCAAGGCAGGACCGUGGUCUGAGUUACCUAUCCCCAGUCGAGGCAGCAGGGCCUGGGGAGCAUCUCCAGCUCGACAGCCUUUACUCCAGCAGAGGCCUCUAUGCCGACGAGCUGCCUACAUCGGCUCGGCCGCGGCCAGUAGGAGGCACUACAGGCGCCCAGCUUCAUCAUCUUACACAGGUUGGUCUGUCCAGCCGUAUAAAUGGCUAUCCCGUCGGGUUCAGGGGUUAUCCAGGAUGGACAGAUAGACAGAAUGGAGGCAUCGGCUGGAACAACUACCAUGAGGACAGUUACUGCAGAGUACUACCAGAUAACAGUGCAAUGGCCAGAAGUGCCCUCAGAGAGCUGUCAGCUACCCCCGCUCAACUCGACGUUGGGGCAAGCUACCUUUCUGCCCCUCUCUCACUGGAUGCGACCCCUCCCACUCAGUCUUCCGCCUCCUUAAUCAAGGCCAUCCGUGAGGAACUUUUACGCCUGUCGCAGAAACAGGGUUACCACAGCUGAGAUAGCUCUGACCCCACAUUCCAAUGUGACCAUGCUUCCUGUGGAAGCCCACCAAGAAGCAAAGCAGAGAGAUAGUCCAGAGAGAUGGCAAUAUUAAGGUGGCUAAUUCAUGCCUCUUGAUGCCCUUUUGGAUUUGGAUUCGAAAAUAGCCUGGAGUGUUUUGAGAAUGAACUAACCUCAAGUACAGUAUGUCACUAUGGGACAGUGUUAUUAUAAUAUAUAGUAUUAUAUAAAAACUAUAUGAGGUCCAGGAUUCACAUCCAUGCGAGAUUUAGAUGUUCAGUGUUACCUUAACCGCCAUCUAAUCUGAGAUAUGCUUUGUCUUCACUCUUCAGCGAUGUUCAUGUGGCUCCUUCAUAGUAAGGUCGCAGUUGACAGCCAGCAAAUCAGUCUUGACUCAAAGGAGAAGACUACACAGUAUCAACUCACUAUGCUACCUAUGUACUUCUUAGCCUAUCUAGCGCAGUUAGUUAGAGCUGGUCCUUGGCCUUUUUGGACUAUUGGCAUUCAAGUCCAUUCAAGUUUUGUACGUUGUAAUAAUUUUUUUUUUUUUUUUAGAAAUGUUAAGCUUCGAAAUGCCUUGAAAUCAUCCAUUUUCAAAUAUAGAUCACACGGAAGAAAAUAUCUGAACUUGGCAAUCGUCAUAAUGUAUGUGCUAAGUGCGUGGCUGUGUUUUUCUGCACUGAAUGGACUAGUUUCUUAGGCUGUGGUUUCAUUAAAAAAAAAAAAAAGUUGAUGAAGAAUACACCAACUUGCAAUGCAUGUAUUAAAUCACCAUCUCUGUUUCAUGCAGUAUUUGAAGGUUUUUUAAAUGCCUUUUAAAGACAGGGUACUGUAUUUAUAAUUCACGUCAUGCUCAUAUGUAUUUUUCUUUUUUAAAUCACCUUGCCUUGUGUUUUGUGCACCAUGAACAAAUUUGUACUGCGUUAUCAAGAUUACCAGUAUGCGGGAUGUAAAGUUUUGUUGUUUUGUUUUAAUGAAGUCAAACAGUUUAUUGUGCAAUCUGGGUUUCGAAUUAUUAUUGUGUGUAAUAUGGCAGAUUACAACAAAACUCUGCUAUUUUACGAGACUCAUUUGUUGCUUUAACAUGUAACAGACCUUUGGCUUCACCAUAACAGACGUUCCCCAUCUGUGACAAGGAGAGGAUUUAAAAAAAUACACAAUUCAUUCACACUUACGCAUCCUUGGAGAAUGUAAAGUGUGCUGUACACAUACGUACUUUUAACAUCUUAACUGAUUUUUAAAUGUGAGAGCCUACACGUAAUCUCGUGUUCUGGCUUCUUCUGCUGUCUUUUUUUGCAACAGCAGAUUUUGCAUGUAUGUUUCAGCUACUGUUGCAUCCAUUCCUUUACCGUCUGCCUUGUAGUAUAUUUUGCGUGAAUCUCCAAAUGCAACAAAAUAAAAUAAAAUAAAAAACAAUGACCAUAAAUUGUCUUUUUAAAUAAUCAGCACCAUAUAUAGCCGGUACGUCCAUUUACCCACGAGAAACAAAGAUAGUUUGAGUCCGUUAAGUUACCUCUCAAAGAAACAGGACGUCACUUGCUGUAAUUAUCUCAAAUGGCCACACUAGGGAAGCAGAUCCAAAGAAGAGGGACUGCUCCUUUUCUCUCAUAAUGUCGUAACACUAGUCAAGGUCACUAUAUUUCACUGCAUUUAUCUAUUUAAUUUCUUACAGUGUAUGCCGGUUACAUGUUGAAAUGUACAAAUAAAAAACAAAACAUGAAAUAUUGA